AUGGCUAUAUUACCUGCCGUUCUGAACCUUAAUUCACGGCCUGAAGCUGCCGUUUUGAACCUUAAUUCACGGCCUGAAGCUGCCGUUUUGAACCUUAAUUCACGGCCAGAAGCUGCCGUUUUAAACCUUAAUUCACGACCUAAAGCUGCCGUUUUGAACCUUAAUUCACUGUCAGAAGCUGCCGUUUUAAGCCUUAAUUCACGGCCAGAAGCUGCCGUUUUGAACCUUAAUUCACGACCUAAAGCUGCCGUUUUGAACCUUAAUUCAAGCCCUGAAGCUGCCGUUUUGAACCUUAAUUCACGGCCAGAAGCUGCCGUUUUAAACAUUAAUUCACGGCCUAAAGCUGCCGUUUUGAACCUUAAUUCACGGCCAGAAGCUGCCGUUUUGAACCUUAAUUCACGGCCUAAAGCUGCCGUUUUGAACCUUAAUUCACGGCCUGAAGCUGAAGUAGAAGUAAAACUCCAGUCAAUAUUUUAUCUGUCUGAACGUUGGUGUGCAUAG